AUGAGAAAAUACUGCCAGUUGGACUCGUUCAGCACUAAUAUAGUAAAAAGAAACCCGUUCUCCUAUGAGCCAUGGAGAGGAACGCGCACAUUCGAGUCCAUGUUUGAUACACUGGAGGCGGAUAUUGUAAUUCUGCAAGAAACCAAGAUUCAACGCAAAGACCUCCGCGAUGACAUGGUCCUGGUUCCGGGAUGGGACUGUUAUUUUAGAUACUCGGGUGUUGUGAUUUACACGCGCAAUGCCACAUGUUCUCCAAUAAGGGCAGAAGAGGGUAUUACCGGAGUUCUCUGUCCACCGAAAUCCUCAACAUCUUUUCGCAGUCUUCCAGAAGAACAGCAGAUCGGUGGGUAUCCAACAUCCGAUCAGCUUUCCAGGUCGGCUAUGAAUCCUGAAGGGCCUGAAUCGGAAGAGCAAGAGGAUGUGGGCUCCGUGCCCGAUACCACAAUAGCUGCACCAAUGAUCGACUCCGAAGGGCGCUGCGUCAUUCUGGAGUUUCCUGCAUUUGUCCUAAUUGGUGUCUAUUGCCCUGCCUAUCGGGAUGAGAAUCGGGAUACCUUUCGCAUGGACUUUCUCAAUGCCCUAGAUUCUCGAAUCCGCAACCUGACUGCGAUGGGGAAGAAUGUGGUCGUCGCUGGCGAUAUCAAUAUCUCGAAGCAGGGCAUUGAUGCCGCUCAUGGAAUUGAGGCCAUACGAAAAGGUACGAUGACAGAGGAGGAAUUUAUAUCUGCCCCCCCUCGACGUCUAUUCAACCACUUGGUAUCGGAUGGCGUGGUUAUUGGCGGACGUGACAAAGGCAGGGAAGAUCCUAUCCUCUUCGAUGUCUGCAGGUCAUUUCAUCCAGAUCGUACAGGCAUGUAUACAUGCUGGGAUCAGAAGCUUAAUGCUCGACCAGGGAAUUACGGAUCAAGGAUCGACUAUGUGUUGUGCAGCUUGUAUAUGCAGGACUGGUUCUCCGACUCAAACAUUCAAGAGGGAUUGAUGGGAUCGGACCACUGUCCUGUAUAUGCUGUCAUCAAGGAAUCUGUAAAUCGGCCCGAAGGCGAAGUAAACGUCAGGGAUAUUCUCAACCCACCGGGAAUGUUUAGCCGCGGUCAGCGUCAACAGGAAUACACAAACGAGUGCGCAUUGCCCGCUUCGGGGCGUUUGCUCCCCGAAUUCAACGUUGAUAAGCGCAGAAGCAUCAAGGACAUGUUCACUCGCAAACCAGCCCGUAUUCCGUCGGGCUCGGUAGAGCUAGCCGAUUCACCGGCUAACAUGCCCACACCUCAAGUCACCGAAUCCACGGUCAUGCACACAGCCUUCGGAUCUACUGCCUCGGCCAAAAAGGCUUCUACGCCUAUUACUGAGGGAAAUCAACCCUCCCAGACUGUUUCUCGUAAACGCGCCCAGCCUCUACCCACCACAUUCGUGAAACGCUCCAAGUCCGCCGUAUCGACGUCUUCCGAGGGCUCCGCGGCAGGCCAAAAGACAUUAACGGGCUUCUUCAAGCCAAAAGCUGUCGAUAUAUAUGAAGCUACCAGGUCACCUAUGGCUUUUCCGGGAUCCUCGAUACUAUCACUCGAACCCAAACCAUCGGAAAGCCCACAAGAGAAAGGGAAAGCUUCAGGAAUCAAUUCGCAGCCUCCGGGGUCCCAAGAAGACACAAUACGAAAUGAAGCUGACACUUCUAUCGAAUGGCCGAUAGCCGGCAAGUUUAUAGACGACACAAUAAUCGACCCGAUUGUCAGCAAGGAGGAUUGGUCAAAAAUUUUUACUAAGAAGCCCGUUCCAGCGUGCGAUGGACACCAAGAGCCGUGUAUCAGCUUGACCACGAAGAAACCCGGAAUGAAUCGCGGCCGCUCCUUUUGGAUCUGUCCCCGGCCAUUAGGACCCAGCGGAGAAAAGGAAAAGGGUACACAAUGGCGGUGUCCAACUUUCAUCUGGGCCAGCGACUGGAACUCACCGGUUGCGACGUAA